GUCAUGUGAUAUAUAUAUGUUGGUUUGACCCGACGAUUGGCCAGCAGCCAGCAUUCCACAAAAUUGCAUCGCCAAUUGGGCGUGCAAACGUGGACCUCUUCCGAACCAAUAAUCACCCCAAAGAUCCGUCGGGGGAGCAAAUAGUUCUAUGCAGAAAAUACAGUGAGGCUUACUGCUGCCGGCAGCGGCGUUUGCCUGGUUCACGUUGUUUCGCACUCUAAACCGAGCUCACCGCAUCUUCUCAAGCGAAAAUGACCCCCCUCACGAUGCUUUCUUGACUAGGAUCAUAGUGCCAAAUUUCAUCACAUUCCUGUCGCAGCUUCUUACCACCUUUUUGCAACACCCUCCAUAUGGUUUAGAUUCGCGCCCGCUCCUCCCAGCCUGAGAGGGGCAGGGGCAGAGCAAUUCACAAUGUGGCUCAUCAACGUGCGAAACAUGGCCCUGAAGGAGGUCGUCAAUCCGGAAGAGUACCGGUACGCCAUCCUGUCCCACCGGUGGCUCCGGGACAUGAAUGAUGAGGUCAGCUUCCAGGACAUGGCCGAUCUCCAGGCCGCGCGGCGCAAACCAGGAUUCUCCAAGAUCCAGAUGACCUGCCGGAAAGCAGAUGAGAAAGGUUUGGACUACGCCUGGGUCGACACCUGUUGCAUUGACAAAACGAGUAGCGCCUCCCUUCAGGAGGCAGUCAACUCCAUGUUUCGCUGGUACAAGGUGUCGUCGUAUUGCUUCGCAUAUCUGCACGACGUGGAAACAGAGACUUCUGGUUCGGAGGAGGCAGAGGAUAGAACCCCUGGAGCAGUGAACGACGUUUCCGAAUCCGAGUGGUUCACGCGUGGUUGGACGUUACAGGAGCUGAUCGCUCCGGAGGUCGUCGAGUUCUACGACAGGGCGUGGCGCUUCCGGGGAGACAAGAGCCUCCUACGGCAGAAGAUCGCUGACAGAACCGGCAUUGACGUCGCCGUGCUCGAGGACGACGAACUCCUGCCGACUAUACCGCUGGGUCGAAGAAUGUCCUGGGCCUCGGAGCGUGAGACGACCAGGGUCGAGGAUCGGGCGUACUGCCUCCUCGGGAUCUUCGACGUAAAUAUGUCGAUAAUCUACGGCGAAGGGGCCAAUUCCUUCUUCCGUUUGCAGGAAGAGAUUGUUAAGAAAUCUAAUGAUCUAUCGCUGUUCGCCUGGACCUCCCAGCUCGGGGCACAGAGGGACCAGCGGGCGCCCAUGCAUCGGCAACAGGAGUUUCGAGGCAUUCUAGCACGGUCACCGGCUGAAUUCGUUAACUGCAGAAACAUCAGGACGGCAACCGAGCAGAUCGCACCAAUGAGGGAAUUUGCAAUGACCAAUAACGGAUGCUUGCGGAUCGAGACUUACCUUGCACGGGCGCCCAACAGCGACGGCGUCUUCGCCCUCGACUGCACGGAUGGGACGUUCAACAAGGAGAACCGCGAGAGGAGGCUCGGAAUAUACCUGAUGAAAACCAAGCACGGAUAUGUUAGGUGCCAGACGUCGAAGAUAUGCUCGACAUAUCGCCAGAAUUUCUGGGCCGGACCUCUUGAGAUCGCCUACAUCCGCAAGGACUUGACCCCGAGCGAGUCUGACAGGCUUAGGGCGGAAAUGCCGGGCUCUAUCAUCUUCCACUUCCACCUGCCGAACUCGUACAGGGUCCAGCAAUUCUCGGCCCUGCCAGCCGGCCGGUGGGACGCGGACGGAAAAUAUUUCAAUACCGAUAACGACAAGAACUUCACGGGCUAUGUCCAGUUCCACAUCCGCCCCCGAUACUGGCGAUUUGUGAUCGUGUGCGGCCUCAUCGACCUAUCAACCAAUGACCCGGAGGUGGCCGGCCCGCGCAUGCACGGUCACGGGAGCCACGGGGGCACCGUACUCUGGGCGACCAUCUUCACGGACGAGGACCCGGUGGCGGUGAGCCAACUCGCCACGAUCGACAAAAUGAGGAAGGACGGCGACGAGCAGGGCGGCGUUGCGAGGCUGUGCGGGAAGGUGCUGACCUGGCACCUGGACAAGCAGGGCCGGCUGCCCCUGAAGGCGAUGCUCGAGCAGAAGAAAUUGGCCUCGGACGACGACGGCGAGGUCACCUACUGGCUGGCGGUCCGCCCGGACUUCCGCGACGGGAUACCCAUCUUCAGCGUCAACGUGUUCAUCCAGGACAUGAACCGGCUCGCCGGCGAAGCCGAGCAGGCCGAGAUGGAUGAGGAGGAGUACGACUCGAUGACGGGAUACGCGCCCAGACAAGAAGCCCCCGAUCCACCCCGGGCGGCAGCGGACUACGCGCACGACAACCCGGGCUACACGUAUCCGUCUCCGGGCAGCGGUUAUGCCGAACCCCGCCCCCCGCCGUUCAGGGGGAACUACCGAGCGCCGGAGGCGCCGCAACACUUUGGCAACCCCUUUGGCGGGCCAUCAUACCCACGACCACCACCACCACACUUUGCCGGCGGCUACAGGGCUCCGGGGCCAAACCCGGACAUGGGAUUUCCCACCGCGCCGCCCGCUUUUGGUCCCGCUUUUGGCCCCGUCUUUGGGCCGCCGCCGGCGGCGCCGUACGGGAACCCGUUUGCUGGGGGGAAUGGGUAUGGGAAUACGGGGCCUUGGCGAUGAUACCUAGUUGGAGCAGCCCCGCUUUGUCCCUUCUGUUAUUGUUUGAGUUUAGUAUUUCAGCUAGGCGUUGACGACAAUUUGGUACGCUAGAAGCCUCAUGGUACAGGCUGGUUUUCGGGAGGACGACUGUGUAGUUCUUUCCAUUCGUUUUAUGUUAACGUCACAACAGGAUGCUAAUCUUUCAGCCAGGAGAGGGGGGGGGAAAAGGG